CUAAACUUAAAGUAAGUUUCAUAACAAACAAACCAAACCCCCACCAUAGAACAAAUAACAAUUUUUUUCUGUACUCUACCCCCACUGUGCAUUUGAUUUGAACUUUGAAGUCACUCUUCAGCAACUUCAUCAUCGCGAUUGGUCAAUAGUUGGUAUAUUUGAUCAGGUGAUAAUGAUAGGAGUUUUUCACAAGGAAUAAAAGGCCAUCAGUUUCACACUUCCACAUUAUUAGUGAAUAUUUGGUAUUCGUAAUAACAAGUGUACACGUGUUGUGAAUUUGGGCAGUUGAUUGUAAAUUUAUAGUUCAUUCAUCAUGUCAAAGGUAAUAAAAGAGCAAGAUGCAGAUUUUCGUUUUAAAUCGCCCAUAGAAGAAAAAGCUGUAAUUCCCGAUCAACCCCCGAAGUGUCCAUGGACCAAGGAUCUUCAUAAAACGGAAAAAUCUCCACACAGCAAAUGGGACUGGAAACCCUAUCCAGCAAAAGUACUUCCAAAUAUAGCCAAAGCUGUAGGAAAUACACCUAUGGUAAAAUUAAAUGGUAUUCCAAAAGCGGAGAAUUUAGAGUGCGAAAUUUAUGGAAAAUGCGAAUUUCUAAACCCAGUUGGAUCAAUAAAAGACCGUAUGUUGAUUCGAUGCAUUGAAGACGCCGAAAGAAGUGGCAUCCUAAAACCUGGUGCAACAAUUAUUGAAUGUACUUCUGGCAACACUGGCGUCGCGUUAGCUUGGGCAUCAUCGAUUAAAGGUUACAAAUGCGUCAUCGUAUUACCGGACAAGUUUUCAAUGGAGAAGGAAUUACUCAUUAAAGCGUUUGGUGGAGAAGUCGUAAGAGUACCAAUGGGAGUACCAUAUACAGGUGAAAAUGGAAUGUAUGGAAAAGCUCAUGCUCUUCAUAAACAAAUACCAAAUUCCAUUAUACUAGAUCAAUUUUCCAAUCCGUCCAAUCCAUUAGCACAUUAUGACACCACAGCCGAGGAAAUAUAUUACCAGUGUGAUGGACAAGUUGAUAUGAUUGUAAUGGGAUGUGGCACAGGAGGAACUAUGUCUGGUAUAAGCAGAAAAUUUAAAGAAAUUUCUCCGAACACAAUAAUUAUAGGCGCUGACCCUUAUGGCUCACAGUAUGCUCAACCAUGUGAACUCAAUAAAACCGAUGUGAAGGCUUUUGAUAUCGAAGGUAUAGGAUAUGAGUAUACUCCUACAGUAUGUGACAGAUCGAUGGUAAGCAAAUGGUACAAAUUCCAUGACAAAGUAUCUCUAAACAUGUGUAGAAGAUUAAUCAGAGAAGAAGGAUUAUUAGUUGGAACAAGCAGUGGAGUACUAAUGGCAGGUGCCUUACAAGCAAUUAAAGAUUUUAAGAUGGGAAAGGGAAAGAAAGUAGUAGUUCUGCUUCCAGAUGGUGCUAAAAAUUAUCUGACUAAAUUUAUCUGUGAUCAAUGGAUGGAACAAAGAAAUUUAUUACCUGCUGUUAAUACCCGUAAUCAUUGGUGGUGGGACGUAAACGUUAUGGAGCUGUCAUUUAAACCAUGUCAAACUGUGGAAAAAUCAGCAUCUCCCAAGGAUGUAUUAGCUCUUAUGGAUAAACUUAAUGUAGAUUAUUUACCUGCUGUAAACGAUGGAUUGAUUGUUGGAUUGGCUACAAGAAAAAAUACUCUGAAUCGACUCAUAGCGGAAGAGUCACCAAAUGAUGAAAUCAAUAACUGCUUGGUACGGAUGUUUUCUAAACUACCCAAAGCCAGUUCACUUGGACUUGCAUCAAGAGUCUUAGAAGUUGAAAAUUAUGUUGUGAUCCUGGAUAGUGACAGCGGAAAUGAUGUAGCACUAGGAGUAGUAACAUCAGAUGACAUUCUUCAUUACAUUCAAACCCAUAAAAAGCAUUAAUUCGAUAUAACCUUGCGAUGUAACGGAUGAUCACAUUUUUCUAUAUAUCUCAACUAACAGAAUUCUGUUUUUAAAAUUUUGUUUUACUAGUUUACUUACUAUUGUUUCUUCAAGUAUUGUUUAUAUUAUAAAUUUUAAUAAAAUGCUUUGAAUUA